AAAAUUUUGAAAAUCGUGACAAGUCAUCUCAAAAUGUGCGACGACCUUGUAAAGAAUAAAAGUCACAAUCGGAAAAUCGAAAUUCGUAAAGUCCACGUUGUCCGCGUAUCCGAACUAGUGUACAGAUUUCUCCGGGAAGUCUCAAACUCGAGAAAAAAUCGAAAACGAAUAAAUGCAGUAGACAAUUUCCGAAAGCUGAAUCCAGCCCCCCACCGUAGAAACAGGCGAUUAUUAUAAAUUAAAUUGAUUACAAUUCUCACAUUUCUCAAACAAAAAAAAGUGGAUAAAAAAAACAGCUUGCCUUUUUAAACUGUUAAUAACUGAUUAAAAAAGGAUCUAAAAAUCUGAUUUAAAUCUCCCACCAUUCACAGCAACCGACAGCUGGUCCCUUUAACUGCAUGUGAAUCCCCUUAACAUCCAUAACCUCGUUUUAUGUAAUAUCACAACAUAUGAUCAUCACCUGAAGGAUUCGGUGCUCCAGAGAGAAAACAGCCCAAAUUUGAGUUCAAGGAGCCCUCAGGAGGGUUUCUUUGGAUGUUGUGAGGCGAAUAAUUGACAUUGAUCAAUAUUCUAAUGAGUGCUGCAGGGAUGGCUGCUAUUUCUUCCUUCAACGCUUUGCAGAUCGCACAGAAGAAAACUGUGUUGUCUUUGGCUCCUAUCGCCCUCCAACACUGCCAGUACUCGUCCGAUGUCCCCAGGAUCAUAAAGAAUCCGACGACGACGUCGUUGAAGAGAGGAACAGGCGGCAGAAGUUCUUUCAAUGGAAUAGUUUGCACAGUAUUUGGUAAUACUGGCUUCGUAGGUCGUUAUCUGUGCAAUCGUCUGGGAAAAAUUGGCACUCAAUUGAUUCUGCCCUAUCGGGGUGAGCAUUAUAACUCGAUGCGUCUCAAGCUGGUAGGAGACCUGGGGCAAGUCCUAUUCCACCCGUUUGAACUCACUGACGAAGAUUCCAUCAGAAAGUGCAUCAAGUACUCGAAUGUCGUGAUCAACUUGAUUGGACAGGACUGGGAGACGAAAAAUUUCAAGUUCGACGAUGUUCACGUGGACGGGGCGAGACGACUCGCCAGAUUAUCGAAAGAAGCCGGUGUUGAGAGAUUUAUUCACCUUUCAGCUCUCAGUUGCAGCCCAAAUCCAGAGCCCAUCCUCCUGCCGAAAGGCUCACAGUUCUUCAGGUCCAAAUGGGAAGGAGAGCAGGCUGUCAGGGAGGAGUUCCCAGAGGCGACAAUCGUCAGACCUGCCACGAUAUAUGGGCAGGAGGACAGAUGGAUCAAUGUGUACUGUCGGUUCAUGAGGAGACAUCUGAAGGGCACUGCGUUAUGGAAAAAAGGAGAAAAGACCGAGAAGCAACCGAUUUGGGUUGGGGAUGUGGCUGGGGGAAUCACUACCCUAGUGAGAGAUCCAUCAACUGCUGGGAAAAUCUAUCAGUUUGCUGGUCCUCAAAGGUACAAGCUUGGAGACCUCGUCGAUUGGAUGAAUCACUGGAUCAGGAAGAAUGCUGACGAUUAUGGAUACAGGAGACUGGAUAUCAAGAACUGUCCGUUCUUUAAACUGAAAGUUAGUAUUUGCGAGGCGAUCAGCCCGGGGCGUCCACUGGGGCAUCUUCACUGGGAAGGUCUCGAGAAGGAACACACCUCUGAUAUUCUCGUCCAGGAUCUGCCAACUCUCGAGGACAUCGGUGUCUACCCCUGCACCAUGGAGUCACGAAUCGCCUGGGAGUUGAGACCCUACAAACUUGAGGCUCACUACAUGGAGACAGUGGGUGAAUUCCAAGACCCUGACCCACCCAAACCCCUUUCCACGAAUAUUGCAUAAACAAUUCAAUCGUAAAAAAUAAUUAGCGCAAUGAAUUCACGAUUGAUCACGAUUGUAGUCAGAAUAAAGGUCUCCGAGUAAUUAAAAAUUGUUGCUACGAUGCGAUAUUAUCAUUCUGUUCAAGGAUUGAGAUCAGCCGAACAAUCGUACUAAAUUUGUAUCAACACUUGUGAUUGGAGUUUAUUUAAUAUAUUAUAAGCAAGUGGC